CACCAAGCCUGGCCCCGCUGCUCCCCUUCCCCGCUGCUCCCCUUCCCUUUCCCAUACUGGUGCUGCUGGGGCACGGGGGGGCUCUGCGGGUCCCUGUCCCUUCCUGCAGGCUCCACUGACCCGUGGCACAGUGACACCGUGGGACCCCCGGGGGACGACCGGAGGAGAUGGUGACACGGCAUCGGGGAUCUGGUGGUGGCCGUGCUCCACACGUGGUGAUGCAGAGCAGCUGUCCCGGGGCAGCAGGGCCGUACCCAGCACAGGUAGGGGGGCACCAGUAGGGCCAACCAUCCCGGGGGCUCUGUCCGGGGCUCCCCGCGUGCCCCCAGCCCAGCACAGGGGGCUCGGGGUGUCCUUUGCUGGCACAGCGAGCGGCUGACCUCCCCCUUGGCCAAGCUGUUGCAACAGCGAGGAGGAGGAAGGUCAGGUUCCCCGCAGGAGGGUGCAGGAGUUGACGUCAAAGGAAGCAGCUGGUGAUUCACGGCUUCUCGGGAGCGCUCGGCUCCGGGGCCGUAACUCAUCCCAGAAAUGUCAUUUCAUCCUUGAGUGUUAUCGCUGCUCCCCCAUUGCCCACCCGCAGAUAACCGGCCCUGGGGGGACUCGGGGCUGCUCCUCGAUGCAGCCCGCUGCGGGCAGGGGGCUCGGGGCUGCUCGGGGGCUCCGAGCUUGCUGGGCUGUGCCCGGCUUGGAGCCGCGGGGUGCCGGAGCCCAUGGGGUCCCUGCUGCUCCAUGUGCAGACCCCUCAGCAGUGGUCCCGCAAGCUCUGGUCCCGGUAACGGGUGUGAGGUGCCCGUCUCGUGUCGGGGGGCCGGGCGCAGCGGGGUCUGUCCUGCAGCUCGGGCCGGGGAUUGCUGCACGAGGCCGCGAGCGUGCGCCUGGUCCCCAGACCCCGGCAGCUGCGCUGGGAGGGGUCUGGCCUUGGCCCCCGGGGCCCUGCCGUAAGUGACGGCUCUUAUCUCCCUGCUGACAAGCCAGCAUCCUUCAGCGGGCGUAUUUAAGGCCGAGCAUCCAGAAGGCUGGGGCAGAAGAGCCCUCGCUGCACACACGCCAGCCCCGACUGCUGCCGACCGGGGAGAUGCUGCCCGCCACCUUCAAGCUGUGCGCUGCCAUCUCCUACCGCCACCUGCGCAACAUGACCGGUCUCCGACGACAAGCCGCGGUCGCCAUCAGCCAGGAGCUGAGCCGGCUGGCCUGCCGCAGCGUGGGGCCCGGCGCGUGGAUUAACCAAGUCCGCCGAAGGAGCUCCCUGCUCAGCUCGAGGCUGGAGGAGAAGCCCUUCAGCGAGGUGGAGAUGUCUUACAUCAAGCAAGGGGAGGAGGCCCUCCAGAAAUCGCUCAGCAUCCUCGGGGAUCAGGACGGCUGGAAGACAGAGACGGUGGUGGACAACGGAGACAAAGUGCUGAGCAAGGUGCUGCCUGACGUGGGCAAGGUGUUCCGCCUCGAGGUGGUGGUGGACCAGCCCCUGGACGCGGUGUACAGCGAGCUGGUGGACAACAUGGAGCAGAUGGGAGACUGGAACCCCAGCGUCAAAGAGGUCAAGAUUCUGCAGAAGAUUGGAAAAGACACGGUGAUCACCCACGAGAAGGCGGCUGCUACCCCCGGAAACAUUGUUGGGCCGCGGGACUUCGUCAGCGUCCGGUGCGCCAAGCGACGCGGCUCCACCUGCGUCCUGGCCGGCAUGUCCACCAAGUACGGGGCCAUGCCAGAACAGCAGGGGUUUGUAAGAGCUGAGAACGGUCCCACGUGCAUGAUCCUGCGCCCGGUGGCUGGUGACCCUUCGCAAACCAAGCUGAUAUGGCUUCUUAGCAUUGACCUGAAGGGCUGGCUGCCGAAGACGAUCAUCAACCAGGUUCUGUCCCAGACACAGGUGGACUUCGCCAACCACCUGCGGGAGCGCCUGGCCCGCACGGUGGCUGUGAGCUGCUGACUGCGCCCAGCCCGAGGCAGCACCUGCCCUCCUGCACGGACUAGUAUUUAAUGCUUUGUUCAGGGGUAAAAGUAGGGAUCUUGGUAAUUAGGUAAGUCAGACACAGUUUAGCUCCAGCCUGUUCUAACAAGCCAGGUCUCUAAUAGCAGCCAUUACUAAUAAGGCUUUAACUAAUUAGCUGGGAGCUCCCAGGAGCCUGAUUUAGAAGGUGAGCACAGCCAGCACAUGCUCAGAGUGCAUGUGCAGGACAACCUGAAAUUUUACCCCCUUCAGGUAUUGUGUUUGCACAUACAGCAUGUGCUGGCCCGGCCUUCUGCAUCAGUUACAGCUUUAUUAGUAAUGUCUACAAUUAAAGACCUUGGCUAAUUAAUUGUUAGGGAGGUCCCAGGAGCCUGAUUCAGAAGGUGGGGCCAGCCAGCACCUGUUCAGCGUGCAAACACAGGACUUAACCUAAAAUUCAUUCCCCUCCUUUCCCCCAGUGAAACAGCUCUAACUUAUUUGAUUAUAAUUAUGCAUGUCUGUACAGGAAGAUUAUUUAUUCAAAGCGCUGUAAUGACAGUCAUUGGCAGGAGUCCCUGUAAAGAUAGUCAAUGCCUUCGUACAGUUAGCUGGAGGAGAGCUUCAGAUUUAAAGUAGCUACUUUGAGUUUACAGGUUACAAACGAAACUAGAUAUCUGAACAAAAAAAUCACAAGACAAAAAUGUAAGAGUUUAAAGAAAGGUUUAUUUUUCAACUGGCUGCCAGUUCAUGUAAAAAAAAAUACAGUUUGGGCAGAAGCCCAAAUUUCAGUCUUACAUGCAGUAGUCUUGUUACAACACAAUCCUUCUGGAUGGAAGCUGUUUACAAUUAGCCAAACACAGGUGAGCAGAAGUGUCAAUGUUGCUUCUGCACGUAUACGUACAGCAGGUAGGUCCAGCUGCAGCCUGCUCUCACUGACAAUGGCUGUUACAACCCCAGUACAUCAGAUGAGAAGUUAUCUCAACACAAUAGUUGCUUCUUCAGCUAGCUACGCCGUAAGUUACUGAAGACUCCGAGAGAUGCUCACAAAUAGCACAAUACAUACUAGAACUGCAUUCACUUAGACUCCAGCAGAGGGGGAGCGCAUGAAUCUUCAGCAGGUAACAAAUAUACAUAGAAAGCACCUGCCACCAAGAGCUGCAUUGGCUUCAUCACGUUUGUUCAUCGACAGAUUGUUCUGAGUGAUGCACAUUCUCCUAGAAUAAAACCCACUUGAUUUGA